UUACCUACUCUAGAUUAGGUAGGAACGCGGAUCAAUCUUCGCAUACCUUGAGAAGGGGCAGUUUCGAGUGAGACGCGUUGAUCCAGACUGAGGAGAUCAUUGGUCUUUACUGCGUUCAAUGAAUCUCUGUCGCGAGCCUCGGUGUUGGAAACCGGCGGCAGUGGUUCCUUUGUUCAUGUCGUUAUCAGAAGUCCCUCCUUACCUCUUUUACCCCUUACUUCCUUACAUCGAUUUUGAUUGGCUAUGUGAGUUGCCUUUGCAGUUAUAAAGACACCCCUACUGUGUUUUUAGGCUUGUAUCACCUGCUCUCUCCAUUUCCUAUUUCCCAACUUGACCAACAUGUUUUAGGAUUCCACAGCUUGCCCGCCGAAACUCGCCCAUGAUGGCUAUCCACGGCCCUUUAUCCCGUUCAUUCCGUCGCAUGGCAAUAAAUUCGCCUGGACUAUCAGGUCGAUAUUAUGCACGGAGUCUUCUUCCAUUGAUGUCUUUGUCUCGUGGAAUAUCGCCAUUCACAUCCUCUAUCCAUCAACGUAUGCCAGCCAGAGAUCUCAAGCACACAAACAUGGCGACUUCUCAGGACACUGGUAGACAAUACACAACCGCCUUUGCGCUUUUCGAAGCUUUGUGGGAAGCCGGCAUUACAAGAUGCUUCGUAAAUGUCGGGUCCGACCACCCUUCAAUUCUCGAGGCCAUCGUCAAAGGAAAGAGAGAACGGCCGCAUGCUUGGCCCAAGAUAAUCACAUGUCCUUCCGAGGUCACUGCGAUAUCCAUGGCGGAUGGCUACGCUCGCGUGUCGGGACGGCCGCAAGCCGUCAUCGUCCAUGUUGAUGUGGGCACACAAGCUCUCGGCCAGGGCGUUCACAAUGCCAGUGUCGGCCGCGUCCCAAUCUUCAUCUUCGCCGGUCUGUGCCCCUAUACAGAAUCCGGGGAGUUACCCGGGUCCCGGACCGAGUACAUGCACUGGCUGCAGGAAGCUCCGGAUCAGAAGGCAAUCGUACGGCAGUAUUGCAGAUACACGGGCGAAAUCCGCACAGGGUUAAACGCUAAGCAGACAAUCGGACGCGCACUGCAAUUCGCCAACAGUACACCCAAAGGCCCGGUGUAUAUCGCCGCUGCGCGAGAGAUUCUGGCGCAGGAGAUCGAACCAUACGCCUUAGAGCAAGAGCAGUGGGUCCCCAUUGGUCCAGCGGCCCUACCGGAUAAUGCUAUUCACUCGAUCUCUUCUGCGCUUGUCCACGCCGAGCGCCCGCUAAUUAUCACGGGGUACUCCGGCCGUGAUCGCCGAACUCCCGAGCUUCUCGUCGCUCUCGCCGAUCUUAUCCCGGGUAUACGCGUUCACGACACCGGAGGCAGCGACGUGUGCUUCCCGUCGUCGCAUCCCGCAUCGGAAGGGUUUCGGCUCAGUUACGACGAGUGCACAAAAGACGCUGACGUUAUCUUCAUGCUCGACUGCGACGUUCCCUGGAUCCCGAUGCGAAAUCCGCCUCCGAAAUCGGCUAGAAUAUACCACGUGGACUGUGAUCCCCUCAACCAACAGAUCCCCGUCUCGUUUUUCCCAGCACACGGACGCUGGAAGGCAGAUAGCUUUACCGCGCUCACACAAUUAGUCGAUCAUAUUAAAAAUGACGAGGCACUCGCCGAGGUUCUCAAUGAUUCCAAAUAUGCGGACCGUGCCAUUUCCCGCGCCGAGGCCCAUUCAGCCCGCAUUGCCGGUUUCGCCGCUCAGCUACAACUAGGUACUGACGUGGCUCUCGAUGCGCAUAAUAUUGGACAUAUUCUGAAGGAGUCUCUCCCGGCCUCUACCACCUUCGUCAUAGAAGCUGUCACGGCCGCCCAGACGCUUCACGACCAAUUGCAGCCGAGCCAGCCCGGCAGCUGGAUAAACUGCGGCGGCACUGGGAUUGGCUGGAGCAAUGGUGCAGCUCUGGGAAUCAGAAUGGCACUUGAUGACGACGCGGAGAAAAGGGGCGUUGGGAGCUUGCCGGAUCUGGUGUGCCACGUCGUAGGAGACGGUAGCUUUAUGUGUGCGGCGCCCUCUAGCGCCCUAUGGGUCGCGAGGAAGUAUGAGAUCCCCGUUCUCACGAUCGUGCUCAACAACGGAGGAUGGAAAGCACCGCGGAACUCAGCCAUGCUGGUAUAUCCCGACGGUCUUAGCGCUACGGCCUCGGAUGACGAGAUUAAUAUCUCAUUUCGACCUACGCCUAACUAUGCCGCCCUCGCAGAGGCCGCGACCGGUUCGGGGGCUGAGGGUGGGGACACAGCCGAGACUGCGGAGGGCGAGUGGAUAAAGGGCAUGCGGGUCAAAACGGUGGGUGAGUUCAAGGCCGCAAUUCAGCUUGCAGAGUCCAGGGUUAUCCAGCAGAAGAAGGGGAUGCUGUUGGAAGUACUGAUGUAAAGUGCUUGUGAUAGGUAACCAUAUUAAACUGGUUGGAGAAUUUUGUAUAUUAUACCUGCCUGUAGU